AUGUCUUUAGGAUGCAAGGCAGUCUGGAAUGGUGAUCAUGGGUUUGAGAUUGGGGAAGGUGAUGACAAGCAUACAGUCUUCAUAGAUAAGAAGUUGUGCACUUGUAGGGUUUGGGAUGUGUCUGGCAUUCCAUGCCCACAUGCAAUUUGUGCAAUCAAACAUCUAGGCAUGGAGCCUCUGGAUCACAUCUCAGGGUACUACCAUAGGGCCCAAUAUGAUGCUACCUACAGUUUCACCAUUCAACCAGUGCCUGGGAAAAAGUUCAUGAAAUGUGAUCAAUACCUGCCUAUGGAUGCACCAGAAGUGAAAAAACAGCCUGGCAGACCAAGGAAGAAGCGCAUCAUAAAUGUUAAUGAGCCAAAUCCAACAUCUGGGAGUGGGAAACUGGCAAGAAAGGGGCAGAAGCAGAGAUGCAGACAUUGUCAAGAAGCAGGACAUAACAAAGCCUCAUGCAAAAAAAAGGGGAAACAAGGACAAACAUCACAGGCAGGAUUGCAGUAG